CCCCACUGCUCUCCCCUCGAAAUCUGCGCCUGCCCGAUCCCCUACCUCCCUCGGAUCCACUCCACCAACCACCGCAGCCAUCUCCCACUCGAUCAGGACUGCCAGAUCUCUGAUCCGACAGCGCAGGAUGCUCCCAACACCCCAGCCUCGCCUCCCGCAUCCUCCCGCAGAGGCACUCACCUCGACCCUGAGCGGAUCGAGCCAGCCGUCCCCGCCGGCGAUGAGCAGCAGCGCCAACAGGACCUCCCCGUGCGGUGCCAGAUCCAGAGAACUCCCGCAGGUUCCCGUCGCCAACGGCCGCCAUGGAUGCCUCCCGAGCUCCAGUUCGCCAUGCGGCCGCCAGGAACUGGUGUCCCGCGACCGGAUCCGUCAAGCUCCGCCCCUCGCCAGGCCUCGCUCGCUCGCCGCCGUCGUGCCAAGUCCUCCUUCGUCUCUGCUUCGCCCGCUCGAACCUGCUACUGCCUACUUUGCUCGAUCGAGCAGCGCCAACGAGUUCCUCGUCGCCGGGAACUGCCUCCCCGACCCUCGAACCGCCCGGAUCCGCCGCGCCCGCUGGUCCCUUGCCCCUGCAUCGCGCUUCUGCCUCGCCCCGCGUCGCCAGCAGCAAGCUCCGCCGCGCCGACCUCUGCUUCCCCUGCAUCGAGCAGUCCCUGUUUUAGGGAGGGCAUGGUCGCCCGAUGCCUGUUGACCGCGCCUAGGCCAGCAACCGCCAAGGCCCAGCCGCAAGCCCCGCGGCCCAGCUGCCUCCUCCACCGACCUGGGCCAGGCCCGCUGGGUGAGCCUCCAGCACCCACGCUCCUAUCGGGCCUGCCAGUUUCGGCCCGUGAUGUUUUUUUCCCUGCCAGGAUGAAUUUUCUAAUUAUUCCAGAGAGUGCAGUUUUACAGAAAAACCGCUCAUGUUC